AGGUUUGAGUGGGACAAACUUUUGGAGAAUGUGCAUUGUUUGAUCAUAAGUGUGACAAAGUCUGACAAGCAGGAAGCUUAUAUACUCAGACUGUUCACACUGAAGUAUACUCAAGUAAGAGUCAUGUGACUGCAUCGGAUGAUCGCCAUUGCAGUCUGAAGAGGCUCAGUGCAUUUUGGGGCGGUUGAGUAUGUCCAGUAAGAUCACGGUUCUUGCUCAGAAAUUCUACACAAAAUCCACAUACUUCUAUACUAAUACUCAAUUUGCACUAACCGUACCGGCCAGGUAUAUUAGCACCUGCCAAAGUAUAUUUGGAAACCCACUUUAGCAUGCAGAGAAACACACAGAUGUUGUAUAUUACAUUAAGUGGACAUGGUGGAAAUUUUAUAUUACGGAGCAACAGUGAACGACCACUACAGAUGUCACUCACUAACAUUAGUUUCGGUGUCGACCCACAUUCGUCAAAAAUGGUAAAAACACUAAGGUGGAAAAUGAGCUAGAAUAACCUACUGUCAAAGCAAAUGGGCUAUGAUAUAGGCCUACACCGCUACCGUCCCCACUGGCCGCCGCAGUUACACUGUAUUAAUCAGUAAUCUGUCAUCUAUUAACAGUCCGGGGAGCUGGUGCGUCGCGGUUCUGUCUCUCGGAUCGAUUUUGGUUUCUGUUUCAGAACCGUUACAGCCCUGAUACAUAGUAUGCUCUGUUUUCCUGCUGAUUAGACGGCAGGCAGGAUUAGACACCUGUAAGCCGCUUGCCGUUGACAUCACAGUCUGUCUCAGGUGAAGAGAGCCAUGGGCACAUGCAUUACAUUCUGCAUAGUCUUCAUUGUUUUAUUUAUUGUAUAACCAAGGGGGAUGUAACAGGUGUACAUGUUUCAAGGAAACAUCUAUAUUUCCAAGUGAUGUAUGCAGUUCCUGUUAAUACGCGUGAAGUGUCUGUAAGUGGGAAUUGAAUUCUUAAUCUUGGAAAUGUUGGCACCAUGCUUGACAAAUUACUACACAGGAAGGGGGUGGUAGAACAAAUGCUGCCUUUUGAUCUACAAAUAUGUUUGUCCCGGUCUUAGAUUAGAUUGUUUCACCUCUGGGUGUAGUCAUUAAAGUAUAGCAGGACAUGGGUGGCAGCAGAGCCACCAGUUAAUCAUCACAUGUGUAAUAAAGGAAACGGUAGAGCUGUUUUACACCUCUCCUUCAUUCCUUCCACAGUGAGAGUAGCAUGUUUGUCUCCAAGAGACGUUUCAUUUUGAAGACGUGCGGAACCACCCUCUUACUGCAAGCACUGGUGCCUCUGCUGGAACUCGCCAGGGAGUACUGCGGUUUCGAUGCCAUCGAGAAUUUCUUCUACUCCCGCAAGAACUUUAUGAAGCCAACCCAUCAAGAGUUCCCUCAUCGAAACUUCCAGGAGGAAGUGGACUUUCUCAGCCAGAUAUUCCCAAAUGGCGCAGCCUACUGUAUGGGACGUUUGAACUCUGACUGCUGGUACCUGUUUACCCUGGACUUACCAGAGUACUGGGAGAACAAGCAUGCGGAUCAGACGCUGGAAGUUCUGAUGAGUGACCUCGAUCCAGCCAUUAUGGACCAGUUCUAUAUGAAAGAUGGUGUUUCUGCAAGUGAUGUCACUCGUAUGAGUGGAAUUCGUGACCUGAUACCAGGUUCUGUGAUCGAUGCCACAAUGUUCAACCCUUGUGGAUACUCAAUGAAUGGAAUGAAGACGGACGGAACUUACUGGACCAUCCACAUCACCCCGGAGCCGGAGUUCUCCUACGUCAGCUUUGAAACCAACCUGUCCCAGACAUCGUACGAUGAUCUGGUCAGGAAGGUGGUGGAGGUGUUCAAGCCAGGAAAAUUUGUGACUACGCUUUUCGUCAAUCAGAGCUCCAAAUGUCGCAGUGUCUUUUCUUCUGCCCAGAAACUCGAGGGCUACAAGCGUCUCGACCGCCAGUUGGCUCAAUUCAACGACUAUAAUUUUGUCUUCACAAGCUACGCCCAGAACCGCCAGCAGAACCAGCAGAGCUGAGGGUUGAGAAUGAAGAAGAGGCGUAAAAAGAAAGGCAGCCGCUCGGGGCUCUCCCCCUGCGGCUGGCUUCACCCCCCAGUAGAGAGCUUGUCGUCCUCCUGCCCCCCUCUCUACCCCCUCCUCUUCCCCUCCCUCUGCUGCCGUCGUCGUUCAGAAUCUCCCGGUGCUGACGCGGUAGCGAGCCCUAGUUUAACCUCCAGUUUGAGUUGUUUGCAUUGUUGUACCUGUGACUUAGAUCUCUUGCAUGACGGCUCUUUUCUCUGUUUCGAUAUUCUAGCUCACUCUUGCUGUGAUCUUGAAGUGCAUGUAGAGGAAUUAAACACGCUCUGUUUGAGGCUGUCCACCUCUACCCAGUACAACGGUCCCUUCCUGCAGGUGUCCCCCCUCAUCCCCCACAGACAAGGCUUCCGCCCGCACUAGGCCAGGGCCCUGACAUGCUCAGAUCAGUCUGCCCCUUAAUCAGCUCAACUCAGCUUGUCCAUUAAAAUUCUCCACCUAAUAUGACAAUUGGUAUUUAUGAAUCGCAACCACUUCUUCAGCGCACUUAAAAACCUGUUUACUCAUGGCAAAAGAAGACAUUUUGUCUCAAGUUUCAUUGAAUGUAUAAGUCGUGGUAAGCUUUUGGCCAUUCCAAACAUCGUCGGGACAUUUUUUUUGAAGUUUCUCUGAAAACGAAUGCCAUACUUGAUGUUUAAUGUCGCACUAUUGGAUAAAAUGUUUUCAUUGGUCAAUGGGCUCUUUGGUUGCUGUAAACUGCACUUAAGCAAAAUACUUCCUGCUUUUGCUGGGCUUCGAAGCUGACCUGCAUUCAUCCAUUUGUGCUCCUCCACCUCGACAAUCACAUACUGUAGUCUUGUUUCCCCCAAAUAGACAGCCUUUAAAGUUGUAUGCCUGGAAAUCUAUUUAUGAAUCAUUAUUGUUAUAGCGGGCUGUGUCUAUAGGAAGGUUCUAUCCUAUACACACCCGUCAUAUUCAGCACUCUUAAUUUUCCACAUUUACAUGAAUUUAAAUGGAAAAUGUUCAAACUGAAUGUAGCACUAGCAGUGUAAAGCAGCGGCCUGCCCGCCCCCGCCCCCCCCUCCUGUCUUUCGAAUGUACACAUCUCUAGAGAAAAGCCUGGACCGGGUUUGAGCUGAAUGUACGACUCCAGGAGAGCACACCCCCACCCUCCUCUACCCACACACAUGCACACACAGCGUUCACAAUGACCUCUGUCGACCAGCCAUUGUCCAGCUCGCUGCAGGUCUCGCCCUGCCAGAGUCAGACUGUCAGCUGGCCCCAGAACCGUGACAUGACGAGAGCUGGCCCUCCUGGCUGCGCCCGCUUUGAAUGGGAAAUAAUGAAUCAGACACUUUUUGCUUAGUUGCCCAGCAAAGCAUUUUUCUUCUUCCCACAUAAUAUCCAUCCUCUCUCUGACUCUUUCCGCCCCAUACAGAAAUCUGUAGGCACACAAUAGAGGCCCACCAGUCUGAGCAUGCCAGGGUGAUCCCGGAUCAUUCCACAUGUAACUGCUGCAUAAACUGCCAUUUUAUUAAAUUUAUUGUGCCCAGACAUUUUUUGCAGUGAAUUGGUCGAAAAUGUGACACCCAUAGCAGUUUUUCUUUUUGUUUGGAUCAAUGCCCUUUUUGUUCGUUGAGGGGGGGAAAAUCCUGUGACACCAUGGUGCAUGUGACUACUAGUGCCGUGUUGCUUGACAGUGUAAUGUAGCACCGUCUCUUCCUCCUCUUGUCAGUAAUGUGCUUCACCUUCCUCUUGUUUUACCAGCUGAAAGUGUAGUUGCAACUACCGCAUCCUGAUGUGUUUUGGAUAGGCGGGUACUCUUUCCUUUAGGGGCUGGUUCAACAUGUAAUCUUAUUUCAAGUGCUGAAUGCAGGUUAGGUUUCUUAUUUAUUACUUCAUGAAACGUUUGUCAGACGCCCAAUGUUUGUUCUCUCUGCCUGCCUGCCUUCAGUGGCGUUCACAGUGCUUCUCCUGCCAGAGAAUGCAGUUUGAAUUGGGGGAAGACGCGGCGGGAAUCUAACCUGCUUUCAGCCCUUUUCUUUGAUCUGCGAUGAUUGCAUCAGCACCUGUAACAGUGCAUUAAUCACCUAAGGCAUCUGUGAGCCAGUUGGAACAGUUCAUCUUAGAACGAGCAGUGAAGUUGACACUUGGAAUAGUUUCUCUCUAGUUUGUCUAUCAUGGCGUUUUGGAGUGGCUUCAUUCUUUUCCUGAGGACCAAUUUUCUGCUCUUGCAUGAACUACUUUCAACUUGCUGUCAAAUGACUUGGGUGAUCUGCCGUGACUGUAAUGGGUCCUUUUUUUUAAAAAAAAUAAAUAAAAAGUCACUCAUUUAGGGGAUUUAAACUGUUAAAAAAAAAAAAUUUAAAAAUACUGAAGCAGUUUAAUGCUGACUGUUCCUAAAGUACAUUUUAGCCUUGUUGGUGUGAAUCAUUGCUAUUUUGUUUUAUAUUUUAUACAGUGAACUCAAAAUGCAUUUUUGCAGUUGAAUGGUAAUAGAAUUUUAUACAAAAAAUAUUUUGUAUUUUGCUGCGGACCAAUAUAUAUAUUUCCCCCCCCCCUCUUGUCCAAAUGUUUAUUUUGUUGAACUAGUGUUCAAAGCAAGUGUGUUAAGGGAUGACCUUUUCAAAGCUGACUAAAUCAUGUUUUUAUUUCACUUUCCCUUCCUCUGUGACUCUUCUGAAAUAUUCCAGCGGAAGGGGAAGUAAAAGCCUCCCCUGGGUGACAUGGGCGCAGUUGCAGGAUCUAUCAGGAUGUACUGAAGGAGAAACUUUGCUGUUCUAAUUCUUUCUUUUGCUGUUCUUUGGAUGGUCAAGAUGUGCUAAAUAUAUCUGUGCUAUGAGCUUGAUGCUUCAAUAAAAAAAUAUACUUAUCCGUGCAA